AGUCUAUUUCCUGACAACGAAAGUUAGACAGUGAUUCUAGACUCCGUUUGAUAAAUUGGAUAAUCUAUCAACACACAUCAUCAUGUUGCCCCAGCGAUGCAGAAUAUUGUUGAGGCAUGAAGUACAGAAGCAUUUUGAGUCCGGUAGACAAGUUAUAGAAGUAGUGGCGAAGGUGUUACAGACACACAUGAAAUCCUUCAAAACCCAAGCAAAGGAAAAAGCCGAAGCAGAUGGAAAUCUGAGACAACUUGGAGGUGAGCAUGACGAUAUUAAGGAAGUUUUACUGACUUUAGCAUCUCUACACAAAGACACCAGUGCCUUAUUGAAGGAUUUAAGCAAAAGGAUGGAUUCACCUGUUGCCAUGUUAAAUAGGUGGCUGAGUGAUCCUUCAAUAAAGAAAGUGGAAUCCUUUAUUACAGAAAACAUUGACGAUUUAACAGAUCAACAUAUUCAUAUAUUUGCCAAAAUUGCCAAACUGCAUAAGGUAUACAGUAAAAAGAAACGUAUGAUGGCUAGAGUCCAGCAACAAAUUGACAGCUAUCCAUUCAGUGGUACAGACAUGAGCCUUUCAGAUCUCAAGAUAAAAGUGGAGCACUUCAGGCUGGAGGCUCUGGCUGCUGAACAGAGGUACCGCAAUGCACUGGACAAUGAGGUCAGGAACAGACUAGAGUUCAUCAAGAAAGUUGAAGAAUUAAAAGACCUUUUUAUCAAACAUGAGGAGAAACGCCUUUUGACUCUAGUGGAUUGCAUUGGAAAGUACUCAAGUAUACUGACAGCAUACUACAGCGACCCUCAAGAUAAGAUGCGAGCCAUCCUCACAGACUUGACUGAACUCUCUUUGGUUUACAGUCCAGAUGAGCAGAUCGAGAAAUUUCUGGCUCAUGGAUAUAGGGAACUCUCUUUCCCUGCUCCACAGAUCAAGGAGGAAUUCCUUUCCGUCAAGAACACUGAACAAGAUGACCAGAAACUAAACUUGGAUACUAUGGUGCCUCCUAGUGUUACUCCCACUGAACAGCUCACUAGGACCUCCGAUACUUCAGGCAAUGCCAACAGAAGGGUGGAUGAGAAGAAUGGUGACAGAGGCAAAGACAUAUACAGCCAGUACAUGGAUACUAAGGUUCCCUGCCUCCCAAAUGAAACUCGCACUGGAAGGCCCAGUGAAUUGACUGCUCAUCCAAAUACUCCAAGAGAUGUAGUACGUGGCCAGCUGACACCUAGCAAUGCUCAAGCUUUACCUCUGAUACCAAAACCAAACAUGCAUGAGGACACCCCUGUUAAAACAUCCCCAAGACCAUUGAAAAAGAUGGAGGGACUUCCUCAAAUUGCAUGUCCAGAGAUAGCAAUCCAAAGAAUUAUGUCCAAACGUGAACAGAAACCUGUUCAGUUUAUGCAAGGUGACUCCAGCCAAGAAGUGAACCAGCUACCUAAACUGCCAAGGUCCAUGAUUGGAACACCAGAGCUGACAAAUUCACAGUACAAGGAGACCAUGGAGCAAUCUCCAAUCAAACCAAAACAUGUGGAUAGUAAUACAUUGGUAAAGUCAGUGGUGGAAAAGAAUGAAAUGUCAGCCCAGAGGAACCAGCCACAAAAUGGUUCAUCACCUCAUCUUAUUAUGAGGACAAAGUCCAGAAUGGAUGGAAAUUUGUUGCCCAAGAUGCCAACUUCAGGAAAUAGUAUGAUGUCAUCUUUCAUGACUAAGAGUGACCAAGAAAAUGUCAACCAAGGGAAACAGGCACCAUGGAUCAAAUCGAAGACAACUUCACUGCCCCAGCUAUCAACACCAACAGCCAGUAAAGAUAGCACGGAGAGGUCCCAUCUUCCAGAUAUCAUGGUUGAUAGUGUUGCUACCAAAUUACCUGUUGUGCUCAAGCCAGGUAUUAUUACAGCCAAUACUCCAGUGUCAUAUGCCAAUCCAGACAGCCAAAUUGCCAAGCCUUCAAUGCCAAGCAGGAAAGGAGGCUUUUCUAUCUUGCCAUCAAAGCCAAAAGUGUUGAUUGACUCUGGAUAUGUACAGUCUUUCAUGGUUAGACCAACAACAGAGAACACAGCUUCAGACACUCUUAGGUCCCGGCAUAGAGUAGGUGUGGUCAAGCAAAGUGGUCACCUGAGCAGUGGCAUUGCAGCUGGAUUCCGUGGCAGCUCCAGCAACAAAGAUUUCAAAUCCAAGCAAGGAUUGGGUAUAGGUCCUCAGGGAUCACCAGUAGGAAUGGUGAACAAUACUCUAGGAUCACACAAAGUAGUUAAUAAUCUUCAGGAACCACAAGGAAUGGUCAGUACUCUUCAUAGGCCCAACAGGUUGGGAUAUAAUCUCCAUGAUCAACAAGGAAUGGCUAUGACUCCUCAGGAACAGCGAGGAAAGGCUGAUGGGGCCCCUUACAUGACCCAAGGUUCAGAUAUCAACUCUGGACUACAUUCACAAAGAGCUCGUGCUGGUACAACUGCAAACACCUGGAUGAGAAAGGACCUUCUUUCAGACCAGGGCAGUUUAUUCUGUAGAGAGGGUGACAGGAAGAGUGCAGAACAGGUCAAUUUCAACAAUGCAGACCGUCUCCUGAGCAAGUAUGAUAUUAGGAACCUUGGGAUUGGGGACAACAGGGAGGAGGAGGAGGAAGAUGUCUGUAAAAGAGCAGAUCGUUUAUUGGCCAUGCAUGAUAUCAGGAACAUUUGUUCAGAGGAAAGCCUUCUAGAGCAGGAGAUGUAGAAACAAUGCCCUUUUUUAUUCAAGGAAUUGGAAACAAAGAAUUGCAUCAGAAAACAAUUGUCUAUAAAUGAAAAAAAAAAUCUUUUACCACCAUGAAAGAAAGAUUUAAAAAACAUAUAAAGAUAAAAGAAUAAUGAGAUUGAUAAAAGUGCAUUGUGAAAUAUUGUUUGAUGAAUAUGAAAAAUCAAGCAUUACAGAAUGAGGUGAUAUAUUGCAUGUUAAUAUCAUUUUAUGAUGUAGCCUUACGUAAUAGUGUUUCCUUGUUCAGGUUGUUGUAUAAUAGUAGGAAUGUGAAGGCUGUAAGAGAAUAGGAGUUUACAUUCUAUGGUUUGUAACUUCAUUAUGUAAUACUUUUUCUUUUAUAGUACAUGUAUUAUAAAUAGGAAGGCUUCAAAAUAGGUUUACAUUCUUUGAUUUGUAACUGCUACAUACUGUAUCAGGUUCAUUUCCUUGUACAGGAAUAGGAAAGUAAGAGUGAGAAAAUAGGAGUACUGUAUGGCAAGCCAAGUUGUCAUUCACGGAGCAACUUUAAUCCAGGAUUUUACGAAAUUAUAUAAUAUAUCUUAUAAACUUUAUAAGAUACCUUAUAUACUCUAU